AUGGCAAGAAACCCAAUGCUUCUAACAACUCAUCAUUACCUAACAACUUUCCGAACAAGAACCCAAAAUCCCUAUAAGGUCGGGAUGUCAAAUUACGAUCAUACCCUUGGCCUCCGAAGACACAAUCAAACACUUGGGUAUACCCACAUCCGAACUGGGCCAAAUCCUUCCUUUCCCAAAGCCUUAACCCUUAUGACAACUGAUGAUUGGGUUGCAGCCCCUAGCAACGAAGCACUUUCAAAACCAGAUAAUCUUUUCUAUCAUCUUUGCUCUGUAUUUCACCGCUUGUUUCCUGUAAAGUUUAAUCUCUUUCUACCUAAAGAAAUGAUGUUGCUUGCAUCACUAUCUGGGGUUUUUCGUCAUCAACAAAUGAAUAGUUCUUCAAUUUUUCGGCCUCUUCUAAGGUCCGGAAUUGAUCGGAAUGCUGAUAAGAAAUCCAGGAACUUUGCCGAUUUCACUACUCCGACCACCGUGAUCAAGCAAAAGAGGAGGUGGUCACCGAUGGCUGCAGCUGCUCCGGUGAAGACCGGUGGUUUUUCUCCUCCCAAAUUCUACCAGGAGGUUUUGAUUGCUGCAAGAGCAAAUUUUGCACAGGAGAUAUCUUUUCAGUCUAAAGACAAAGACAUAUCCCUUGCUAAGUCUUUGCUUCAUAUUUCUGCCGAAGAUGAGGCGUUUAUUGCUUUCAAUCGCGAAAUGGAUGCACAUUCAUUUGAAAAUGAACGAAAAGGUGGAAAAGUGUCGCUUGAUCUCCAUGAUCCAAAUAAAACAGACUCCAUGGUUAUGGAAGGAAAGAGAAUGGAAGAGUGGUUAUCAGAGUUGGAUGCCAUUGCUAAAGAGGUCGAGGUGGAACUAAUUUCAAGAGACAUAGGUUGCCAUUUGAUUGAAGUUUUGGAAGCUGUGAACAAAGUUCUUUUUGAGUCACGAGGCUUCAAAAGAUCACUUGUUGUGGAUUCCAAAUGUUCCUAUUUGCAUCAUGUUUUAAGCUCCAAAUGUGGUAGUGCAAUUUUGCUUAGUGUAAUCUACAUUGAGGUUUGUCGAAGACUAAAUUUGACUAUUGUUGGAUCCCGAGUUGGGGAAGACUUUUUAAUCUGGCCCCAAACAGGAAAUCCAGAGGAGCUUUUUAAGGUCAAAUCAGGGAACACUUUAUUUGGGAUUGUUAAUGGGCGAUGUGUUGAGAACCCAAGGUCAAAGGCAUCGGAUUUAAACAGCAAUUCACUUUUGGGACUUGAUAUUGCUACAAAUCGGGAUAUUAUUGGGAUUUAUCUCGCUAAUUUAAUUAGGCUUCAUUGGAAACGUGCUUCAAGGAUGAAUCGUGGUUUAAUGUUGACUUCUCCACUUAGGCCGGUUGAUGAUGAAAAGACUGAUAGUUCGAGUAAACCCUUGUUACGUCCACAAGAUCUUAGGUUUCAAGAUUGACAUGAGAAUUGAGAGGAGAAUUUGUUAAAUUGUGAUCAUUACCCAAUAAUCUCCCACUUUUUUUUUUUUGACAAAUAUACAAAAAGGGUUAAUUGCAAUAAAUAGCAGCAUACUUUUGGAUCAUUCUAUUUAGGCAUUGUACUUUGGAAAUUUACCCAAAUAUAGCAAUAUUUUCCUAAUACAAAUGGAUUUUCACUGUUAUAAAUGGGUAGGUAUUUUCCAAGUAUAAUGUCUUAAAAAGAAAUUAUUAUUAUUAUUAUUUUUUCUUUUUAAAGUACUAUGGCAUUACUAGGUACCUUUUCCAAAGUGAAAUGCAUUAAAAAAAAAAUUAAAAGUAAAAUGUUUUAAUAGAAAUGAAUGAAAGUGUUCAAGCUUUAAACUAAUUUAAGUGUGCUAAAUUAGACCAUGAAUGACACAUUUAAUGUUUGUAGUGUAAAGAAUUUACAUUGUCAUUUUAUAGAAAAUAGACUUAAAAAACGGUGGAAAUAAUUUGGUUUUGAUUUCAUUGAUUAUGACAUAUGCAUAUCUACCAUACUUUUACUGUUUUCAUUGCUUAAUAGAAAACUGUUUCUCCUCUUUCAGUUUCUAAGUCUAUAUUUUUAUAUAUUCUUUUGCAUUUAACACUAAUACCUCUUCUAAUUUCUAUGACAUCUUCCACUUUCCGAUAAACUUACAACUUUUCAUCAAACAUUAAAUAUUUACAUUAUAAAUUUUAUUCUCGAAAUUAUAACAUUACCAAUAUAAUAUUCAGUAAUUAAAUGUGCACAUUUGUAAGUUGUGUUUGUUACGUUGUACAAGACUAACAAAAUUUCUAGAAUUACUCUCAUUAUUCUAAUGAUGAGGAUAAGGAGGGCAUUCACGUCUUUUGUACAAACAAGAGAUCGAUAUUGAAUCCCUAUACCAUCUUUUUAGAUGGGACAAAUUGCAAUUUUGUCCUAUUAACAUCAGUCUGAGUCCAAGUCCACUGUAUACCAAACACAGUCCAACCUGUUUUGUUCUGUUUUGUCUUGUCCUCCUUAUCAUAACAUGAACUUGUGCUCUAAAUGAGUCAUUUUCUUGUGUUUGGCAUGUGGAAUCUUUUCUUUUGGCCUAGGCUGGCUAUCAUGGCAUCCGAGAGAUUGCUUAUAUUGCAGCCACAUAAUUGGGCUUUGAGGAGAGAUCAUGGCAUGAUGUUGUAUUUCAGUAGGGAUUAUGGAGAAGCAGUUCAAGAACUAAGCAUUUGCAUGGCUUUUGCACCAGAAGAAGAGGCUGAAAUCUUGGAACCGUUUGUGGAGAAGUUGCAUUUGUUGAGGCUUGAAUCGUCUUGGAAAUCGUUGGGGCAAAAAGGUCAUUUGACAGUCACUUGAAAACGUUUCUGUGUUGUUUGUUUGUGGAAUAUUUAUAGUCGUAUCUCUUUGACUUUUGAACACUUGACUUAAGAAGUUAAAUCUUGUAGGUGUAGGCUUGUUUAACCUUGUAAUCUGUUAGGCUUCUACUCUACUUUGACUUUUGAAUCAUGUUUCCUUUGGUCCUCUAAAUCAAUAUAAUAUAUUAUAGCAUUUUAUACAAGC